AUGUCCAAAACACAAAUCCUCCUAUCCUCGAACUGGGAAUGCAAGCUCUCAAACCCCGACCGCUGCAAAUCCAUUCCCGCGGACUCGUCUCUAACCAGCUGGUCACCAGCCUAUCACUUCCCCUCAGUAAUCCAUCUCGAACUCCUCACCACCAGCAAAAUUCCGGAUCCCAACAUCGGCGAAAAUGAACGGCUCGUGCAAUGGGUGGGGGAAUGUGAUUGGGAAUAUCGAUGUCGAUUCCCCACUCCCGGAAUGAAAUAUUCGAGGGAGGAAUCAAAGGUUAUGGAAAUGGUAUUUGAAGGCCUCGAUACCUUUGCCACGGUGAUGUUGAAUGGAACCGUUAUUUUGAAGAAUGAGGAUAUGUUUUUACCCCAGCGGGUGGACGUUAAGCAUAUUUUGAAUCCCGCUAGGGAAACUCUCCAGAAUGAAAUGACAAUAUUGUUUGAGAGCGCGUUGAAGAAAGGGACAGAAUUGGAAAUCAAGCAUGGAGUUAAAGAGAGUUUGAUGAGGGAUCCGAGGAGGAUGUAUGUCCGGAAGGCUCAGGUAGAUCUCCACGUCACCACAACACUGGCUGAAGAUCAUGCCUCAGCUGAGAUUUGCGUUGUGACAAACCUAUCUACAUCUUUGCAAUCAGGAAUGAGACUUGAGGUCGGAAUUGUUGAUACCGUGGGAAAGAUUGUUGCCAAACAUCAACUAGAAAUGAGACAUUCAUCAACUUCAGAAUGCAAAAUCUCAAUUCAAAAUCCAAACCCAGGGUGGCCCAACGGCCUCGGCCUUCAAAGCCUAUAUACAGCGAAUGUCACCCUCCUCAACACCACCAACUCUCAAACACUAGACAAUAAAUCCACCAAAUUCGGAAUCCGCACCAUAGCUCUAAUCCAGCGCCCCCUAGCCUCUGCUCCAGGUACAACAUUUCUAUUCUCCAUCAACAACCACUCCACCUUCAUCCAAGGCGCAAACUGGGUGCCCGCCGACAAUUUUCUCCCCCGACUAACACGCUCCCGCUACUUCUCCAUCCUCCGCAUGGCAAAACGGGCAAAUCUCAACAUGAUCCGCGUCUGGGGCGGCGGCAUCUACGAAUCGGAAGACUUCUUCGAUGCUUGUGAUGAACUUGGCUUGCUGGUCUGGCAUGAUUAUGCUUUCGCCUGCGGAGAUUUCCCCGUGCACGAGGGGUUCCUGGAGAAUGUGCGGAAGGAGGUUAGGGCCCAGACGGUGAGGGUGAGGAAUAGAGCAAGCUUGGCCGUGAUUUGUGGGGGGAAUGAAGAUUUUAUGUUGGCGGAUGAGGAUGGGGAGGCUUUGCCGGGGUUGUGGAUGAAAAAGAAACACUACGAUCAUACUGAUACUGUAGGACCAUUUGAGGAUACUGAUUUUCCUCAAAGGAAGAUAUAUCUUGAUAUCAUCCCAAAGAUGGUCGAAGAACUUUGUCCUGAUAUUCAAUAUUGGCCGAACUCACCCUGGGGCGGCAAAGAAAAGGCAAAUGAUCCAACAGUGGGAGAUAUCCAUCAAUGGGACGUAUGGCAUGGCAAAUCACGAUCCUACCAAGAUUACGCCUCCCUCUCAGGGCGCUUGGUCUCCGAGUUUGGCAUGCAUGGCUUUCCCGAUAUGCGAACCAUCAACCACUUCGCUCCAGACCAACGCGACCGCCAUCCACAGUCCAAAGUCAUAGAUUGCCAUAAUAAAGGCCACGGCUCGGAAACGCGCAUUGUAAGGUACCUAGCGGAGAAUUUCAGGUAUAGCAUGGACUUAGAGGUUUUUGCAUAUGUGAGUCAGCUGAUGCAAAGUGAAGCACUUGGGUAUGCAUUGAGUGGCUGGAAGAGGUUGUUUGGAGGUAAAGGGAUGGAGGAGUGCGCAGGAUUGAUUAUCUGGCAGCUGAAUGAUGUAUACCCGUGCACCUCAUGGUCCAUCAUCGACUACUUCCUCCGUCCCAAGCCCUCCUUCUAUACGAUCCGCCGCUGCUUUCUUCCUUACAGCAUUGGUAUCCAACGGUCUCCCCCCUCACGUUGGGUGGACGAUGAUAGGCCACGCGAUACGUACAUCCCUAGUUUUGACAUCUUUGCGCACAAUUCUACGGUGAAGGAAGUGAAAUUUGUGUUGAGGAUUAGAGCGUAUGACAUGUUCACACGCGAAUAUUUAGACUAUCCUCAGGAGAAUCAAGAGGUGCUGUUAGGAGCGAACCGCAAUACAGAGCUAGGGCGAAUCGAGAAUCCUGGCAGCGUGACAGAAGAUAGUCUCAUUGUUCUGUGUGCUAGUUUGCUUGAUCCCCAUUACGGGGCAGGUGGAGGCUAG